AUGGGCGGGUCCAGCACAGCAGAGUGGGCGUGAGCAGAGAUAAAGUCAACACUAAGAUGAGAGAGAGCUUUAACUGAGCAGCAGAAUGCUCCAGGACGGUUAAGCGCUAAGUCCUCAUUGGGACAAAUAUAGCCUCAGUGGAUCCAGCCCAGGGGGGCGGUUAGCUGAUCCUGGAGCUCGACCACAGUUCCUGAAGAGACUCUCCGCCUCGCUCAGCCUCUCAGACAGGCCCGUGUGGCUGACUCACAGCUUGACCGCGAGAAGUGAACUGACUCAGUUGCUCCAGCUGCUUCACAAUGUGUGGCAAUCAAGGAAGUUGUUAGAGGUAGAAUGAGCCGUGCUGCCGGAGCCCCGUUCUCCUGCUGAGUCAGCCUGAAGCAGCAUCCUCAUUACAUGAGUACAGCCAUGAAGUUCAACCAGCUCGUAUUGCAGGACAGCCCUGGAAAAAACAACGAGAACAAAGUGUGGAAAUGGCACAUUCAGGACCCCGCCAGCCAGAGACUAACGUGGAACACGCCGCCAAAAAGUGUCCUUGUCAUCAAGAAGAUACGAGAUGCCAGUCUGCUUCAGCCUUUCAAAGAGCUCUGCGUAUUCCUCACCGAGGUGAAAGACAUGAUUGUUUACGUGGAAAAGAAAGUUCUGGAGGACCCAGCCAUUUCAGACGAUGAAAACUUUGGGGCCAUAACUAAGAAAUUCUGCACUUUCAGAGAUGAUCUCGAUGACAUCUCUAAUCGCAUAGACUUCAUCAUCUGUCUUGGUGGUGAUGGAACUUUGCUGUAUGCAUCUUCGCUCUUCCAGGAGAGCGUUCCACCAGUUAUGGCCUUCCACCUGGGCUCCCUGGGUUUCUUGACACCCUUCAAAUUUGAGACCUACCAGUCUCAGGUCACCCAAAUCAUUGAAGGUAAUGCUGCCAUCGUCUUGAGAAGCCGCUUAAAGGUCCGGGUGCUCAAAGACAACUGGGAGAAGAAAGCCAGAGUGGAUGAAAAGGGCAUCAUCCUGACUAAUGGAGACAUCGAAAGCAGCCGGAAAGCCGUGCAGUAUCAGGUACUGAACGAGGUGGUGGUGGACAGAGGCCCCUCCUCCUAUCUCUCCAAUGUCGACCUCUUCCUGGACGGACACCUCAUUACCACCGUGCAGGGAGACGGUGUGAUAGUAUCUACACCUACAGGAAGUACAGCGUAUGCAGUGGCAGCAGGAGCCUCCAUGAUCCAUCCCAAUGUCCCGGCCAUCAUGAUCACCCCCAUCUGCCCACACUCACUCUCCUUCAGGCCCAUCGUGGUGCCUGCCGGGGUGGAGCUCAAGAUCAUGCUGUCACGUGACGCCAGAAACACCGCCUGGGUAUCAUUCGAUGGAAGAAAGAGACAAGAGAUCUGCCACGGAGACAGUAUUACCAUCACUACUUCUUGCUUCCCCGUUCCUUCCAUUUGUUUCCGGGACCCGGUCAACGACUGGUUCGAGAGCCUGGCCCAGUGUUUACACUGGAACGUGAGGAAGAAGCAGAACUACCUCAGCUCAGAGGACGAAGAGUUCUGAGGCGCGAGGCAUCUGCGAGAUCCUCUGCAAAGUCUCAAGGACUCCUUCGUCUUGGUUUUAGGUCGACCACGCUCUGUGCUGUGUCGUCUUUUAUGGAUACAAGGUCUCAACAAACUCCAUUCAAAAAUGCCUGUCAUAACGUGGCCCUUUAUAUGUGUUAAAUUGUUCCAGAAUAAUAUUCUAAAUAUUGAGCUGAACAGCUCCUCUGCUGCGGUCCUCCAUGUUGGAUUUUAGUGGAAUAAAUUUGUGGGGGAAAAAAGGAAUAAUUAUGAAAGCCCAAAGUGUUCAAUUAAAUAAAAUAAAUAAUCAUAUGAAUAGACUGAACACAGCAUAUUGACCAAUACAUUCUGAAAUAACUUCAGAAAUUGUUAAAGCUUUAUUUAUUUCAGCGCAGAAUAUUUGAUUUCAAAAUGCCCUUUUGCAGAAGUCUGUUUUUAUACCAUAACGGCAUUUUCUCCAGUGAUGCGUUCAUUUAAAAAUAUCACUUUUUGUGACACUGGAGUCGUCACAGGCUCCUCUCCACUCAGCCGGUCACCCGAUACCAAUCAUCUGUACAGGCUGAACAACAGCUACCAAAUUUAGCCAACUAGCUCCCACUAGCGGGAGCAACAACAAUUCCAGAAUCAUUUUAAAUCACACAUUUAAAAUAAACUGCAGCAGACCAACAUGUAAACUUGUCCAAACCACGUCUUUUAUCUGGUCUGAAAGGCUACAAAUGCUACGUAGCUACACAGCUAACUACCUAGGUUGGCAUGGAUAUGAAAAGCUAGUGCUAACGUCAGCUGCUAGCUGGGUAAUUUACAUUAAAGAAAGCCUAUCUGUAGACCUUGGGGUUUUUUAGCCAACAGGAGCUAGUUAGCUAGCAGUUGUUGAGUCUGCUGAGAGGAUGGAGGCAUGUGAUUGGCUGAAAGGCGAGGAGGCAGCAACUCCACUCUUCAAUACUCAUAUUUUGUAAUAUUUUAUCAUUUUGAAAAAUGCUAACAUAACAUUUAAAAACAGACUUUUGAAAAGGACAUUUUGAAGUAAAUUCUAUAAUUAAACAAGUGUUAAAUAAAAAUAAAAUUGAAGUAUAUAUUAAAUAGUAUUUCAUAAAAAUUGUUGAUUUGUUAAUUUAUAAAAAAUAAUUGACAAUUUAUUCGACACUUUGAAAUCCCAUAGAAUAAUCUGAGCCUAAUCAGACUCACUCAUGCUACCCAGAGAACCAGGGUUACACAAGUAACCUAUCUACGUUUUUAAUGUUAGAGUUAAUAGCAUUAAUAAGGAGUUUGUAGAAUACCCCAGAAAAUAUUAUGUCAUGUUCAAAUGUGUAAAAUGGUGGGAUUUUGAAUGGAGUUUGGCAUCACUAGCGGUCCAGGAUUGUUUCUGUGUGUUUUCAUUUUGUAUGCAGUGCAGACUGGCCUUUUGACUGGUCAUCAGAAGGAAGGAAAUGCAAACCAUGGGAUAAACAUGGACUAAAUCUCUGAAGGUCAGUCAUGGAUGGCAGUUAUUACAUCAUCAGGAUGGUCUGUUUUAGCACUUUUUAAUCUUUAAGACGGAUGGCAGGGACACAUCUACUACUUUAUAAACAGCAAAAGCGAGUUCUGUCAGUAGAGGUAAAGGAUCAGUUGCACUUUUCUAAAAAAGAAAAAUCUGAGAAUAUCUGUUAAAUUAAACUUUCCCAAAUCCUGUUUAUCACAUCAAAAAGUACUGAUGUGAUGUCAUGAAUGAAUGGCAAAUACAUAAUAUGUAGGUGCAUCCUGGGAAAGAGCAGAUUUACAUCGGCAAUAGUGGCCCAACUGUACAGACUGUGCCUUAAACACUGGUAUCAUUAAUGUACAGACAUGUUAUUUUUCAAGGUUUACAUCAUGGUGAUGAUGUAAUUACAUACUGGCACAAAUGUGUGAUUUGUGCAUUUUCAUUGCAGCCACACAUUGACCAUUGUCUUUGCUGUCUGCAGCGCGUGACGCUUGAUUGAUGGACUGAUUGAAUUAUGUAGUGUCACAUAGCCUCUGUCCCGCAGUCAUGGAGUCAGUGCGUUGGAUGACACGUCAGGAAUGCGAGGAGGUGAUAUUCAUUCCAGGCAAAGAGACCACAGCUCAGAUGUCUUCAGUGUCUGUUUUUCCAAAAUGUCGUUUAAGCCAUAGCUGAUCUCUGCGAACGUUUUGUAGACCGAUGUGUGUGGGCUGUGGGGGAUUUAUAAUGGUCUGUGUAUGUUGAGGAAUUUAAUUUUUCAGACUUCGGUCCGUUUGCUACGAGUCUGCCAUUGCUCAGUCUAUGCUGAAUACUUUAAGGUGGCCUACCUUACAUAUCUGUUCACAUAUAGUUUUUAGAUGAUAAUAUAUACACAAUGAAAUUGGCUCGACAGAUUGUGUCAGGGUGAUGAUGUCAUCACCUGUUGUAACUCAAGAGGACCAACUGAGCUCUAAAAGGCAAUCAUUCCUUAAACUCUAUGUGUAUAUACGUGAUGCUUGAAGAUGUAUUUUGUAAAGUCUAUAUGUUUAUUAACCUGUUUACAAUGUAUCAUUGCUGAAAAUAAAUCUAUUUGGUACUUUUUUACUUUAAUAA